AUGACAUCCGAGCAGCGAUCAGAAUAUAGUCGACUAAUAAUUGAGAUUGCUGCAACUAAAACGGAAAUUUCAACAAUUCGUGAACGUACACGUGGAAAUUCCGAUGCUAUCGGUGUAACGCCGCAACCAGCUGCAACAACGACUUCUCGUUUUGGUGAUAGUAUUCUGGAUGUUGCUGCUCGUGUUGAGCAACAAAAACUGUUUUCAGUGUAA